AUGGAGGCAGCGCCGGGCACGGAGCCCCGGGACAGGGCGCAGGGCGCCGACCCUCGGGACAAGCCCCAGGCGCUGGACGGGGAGGCCCCCGGGCGCCCCGAGGGUAGCGUGGGCUCUGGGCCAGGCCAGCCGCCCAGCGCAGUAACCCCGGGGGAGGCGCCCGCCUCGCAGCCCGGGGCCGGUAAGGCGGAGGCGGCGGAGCAAAUCCUGUCCGACGCCGAGGACCCCGCCGCGCUAGCCGGCACCUUCGUGCAGCGCCAGCUCGGGGCCAUGCUGCAGCCCGCGGUCAACAAGUUCUCGCUGCGCAUGUUUGGCAGCCACAAGGCGGUGGAGCUGGAGCAGCAGCGGGUGAAAUCGGCCGGGUCCUGGAUUAUCCACCCCUACAGCGACUUCAGGUUUUACUGGGACCUCAUCAUGCUGCUGCUGAUGGUGGGGAACCUGAUCAUCCUGCCCGUAGGCAUCACCUUUUUCAAGGAUGAGAACACACCACCUUGGAUUGUCUUCAACGUGCUCUCGGACACCUUCUUCCUGGCCGACCUGGUGUUGAACUUCCGCACGGGCAUCGUGGUGGAGGACAACACAGAGAUCAUCCUGGACCCACACACCAUCAAGAUGAAGUACCUGAAGAGCUGGUUCCUGGUCGAUUUCAUCUCCUCCAUCCCCGUGGAUUACAUCUUCCUCAUCGUCGACCUGGAGACUCAGGUGGACUCCGACGUCUACAAGACAGCGCGGGCCCUGCGCAUCGUGCGCUUCACCAAGAUCCUCAGCCUGCUGCGCCUCCUGCGCCUGUCCCGCCUCAUCCGCUACAUUCACCAGUGGGAGGAGAUUUUCCACAUGACCUACGACCUGGCCAGCGCCGUGGUGCGGAUCGUUAACCUCAUUGGCAUGAUGCUGCUGCUGUGCCACUGGGACGGCUGCCUGCAGUUCCUGGUGCCCAUGCUGCAGGAUUUUCCCGAGGACUGCUGGGUCUCCAUCAAUCACAUGGUGAACGACUCCUGGGGGAAGCAGUACUCCCAUGCCUUGUUUAAGGCCAUGAGCCACAUGCUCUGCAUUGGGUACGGCCAGCAAGCUCCGGAGGGGAUGACCGACGUCUGGCUCACCAUGCUCAGCAUGAUUGUGGGUGCCACCUGCUACGCCAUGUUCAUUGGCCACGCCACUGCCCUCAUCCAGUCGCUGGACUCCUCCCGCCGGCAGUACCAGGAGAAGUACAAGCAGGUGGAGCAGUACAUGUCGUUCCACAAGCUGCCCGGGGACACGCGCCAGCGGAUCCAUGAGUACUAUGAGCACCGCUACCAGGGCAAGAUGUUUGAUGAGGAGAACAUCCUGGGGGAGCUGAGUGAGCCUCUCAAAGAGGAAAUCAUCAACUUUAACUGCCGGAACCUGGUGGCCAACAUGCCGCUGUUCGCCAGCGCCGACCCCAACUUUGUGACGGCCACGCUGACCAAGCUGCGCUUCGAGGUCUUCCAGCCUGGGGACUUCAUCAUCCGCGAGGGCACCGUGGGCAAGAAGAUGUACUUCAUCCAGCACGGCGUGGUCAGCAUCCUCACCAAGGGCAACAAGGAGACCAAGCUGUCCGACGGCUCCUACUUCGGGGAGAUCUGCCUGCUGACGCGGGGGAGGCGCACGGCCAGCGUCCGGGCCGACACCUACUGCCGCCUCUACUCGCUCUCGGUGGAUAACUUCAACGAGGUGCUGGAGGAGCACCCCAUGAUGCGUAGGGCCUUCGAGACCGUGGCCAUGGACCGCCUGGACCGCAUCGGUGAGGGAGCGCCCGCCCCAGGUAAGAAGAACUCCAUCCUCCUGCGCAAGCGAGCAGAGCACAGCUCGGGGGCCAUGAACAACGAGAUGAUCCAGCAGAUCGUCAAGCACGACCGGGACAUGGCCCACAACAUCCAGGACCUGCAGCAGAUGGCGGUGGGCCGGGAGCUGAGUGGCAAGCCAGUGAUCUGGGAGCCCCUGGUGCAUGCGCCACUGCAAACGGCAGCUGCCACCACCAAUGUGGCCAUUGCCUUGACUCACCAGCAGAGCCUGCAGGCCCACAUCUUCCUGCCACCCUCCUCCAUCUCCAGCCCACUCUCACCUGAGGCCACCCUGCUCACCAGGCAAGUGCGCAGGUCCCAGCCCAACUUGGGGGGCUCCCGGCCCUCCUCGGUGAGCUCCCAGUCCGGCGUACAGUCCCACCUGCAGACGCCUGCGGCCAACUCCCCUUCAUCCCCCAUGGUCCAGUCCCAGUCGCCUCUGGAAAGUGGGGGUCAGAAAGCUGGCCACGUGGGACUGCCACAGCCAAGGCUGGUGCAGAAGGGAGAGCCCCUGGCAAUAGCAAAGCAGCCCCAGACGGGCUCCCAACCCCAGCUCUCCAAGUCCCGAGGCACCUCAGUUUCCACGUCACUUCUCCAGCAGCCAGCAGGGGCUCCGUCCCCCAGCUCUGAGCAGGCGCUCCCAGCAGGGAGAACUCUCCACUACAGCCUGUCCCGAGCCACCGGCUCCCACAUCUCUCUGCUGAUGCAGCCGCAGCAGCUGGUGAAGCACAGAAGCAUCCAGGGCCUACCCAUCGGGAGGCUCACCCAGGACAUCCGGCUCCUGUCAGCAUCUCAGCCAUCCCUGCCCAAUAAAGUCGCCCAGCAAGUGGACGGGAGCUCCUCCCAUCAGGGCAGAAAGUCAGCGGGGAACCUGGCUCACAGGUCAUCUCCCUCAGUAGCUGGACUCCUCACCAAGCCACCCCCUGGGGUUCCAGGCCAGCCAGCACACCCGCAGCAGAUGCCUUCAGGAUCUUUGGUCCAAUCCAGCCGGCCCGUGAGCGGAGCGUCCACCCCGCAGUCUCCCGUCUCCAUGCCCAGGCAUGCGGCAGGCCCCUCCCGCAAGGGCUCCGUGGCAUUCAGCCCUGAGGUGGAAAGUGGGAAGCCCAAACUCCCGUCCAACAUAUGA